AUGCAGGGUCCACCUCUCUCUCAGCUGGCCCUGGUGCUGUCGGCAAUGGGGGCCCUGCUGGGGGCCAGGACCCUCAGGGGAGAGGUCCCCAGCACCCCGGUCCUGCCCAGGGAGCCAACCCCAGGCAGCGGAGGGCUCAUCUUCCACCAAGACUGGGACUGGCCGCCCCCUGGCGUCUGGCCACCAGGCAGCCCUCGGGACCCCCUGUGCCUGGUGACCCUGGAUGGGGGUGGCAACAGGAGCAGUGCUCCCCUGCGGGUGGUGGGGGCCCUGAGCGGCUACGAGCGGGCCUUCCUAGAGGCUGUGCGGCGCGCCCACUGGGGGCCCCGGGACCUGGCCACCUUUGCGGUCUGCCGCCACAGAGACGGGCAGCCCGCCCUGCCCCAUCUGCGGCAGCUGCAGGCGUGGCUUGGGGGGCCCGGGGGGCGGCGGCUGGUGGUCCUACACUUGGAGGAAGUGACGUGGGAGCCGACACCCUCGCUGAGGUUCCAGGAGCCUCCACCUGGAGGAGCCAGCCCCGAAGAGCUGGCGCUGAUGGUGCUGUACCCAGGGCCUGGCCCGGAGGUCACCGUCACCGGGGCCGGGCUGCCCGGCGCCCAGAGCCUCUGCCUGAGCCAGGACUCCAGCUACCUGCCGUUGGUUGUGGGACGCCCCGAGGCGGCCUGGCGCGGGCCUGGGCUCGCCCUGACCCUGCGGCGCCGCGGAAACGGUGCGCCCCUGAGCACCGCCCAGCUGCAGGCGCUGCUGUUCGGCGCCGACUCCCGCUGCUUCACACGGAUGACCCCGGCGCUGCUCCUGCUGCCGCCGCGGGGUCCCGCGCCGAUGCCCGCGCACGGCCGGCUGGACUCGGUGCCCUUCCCGCAGCCCAGGCCGUCCCCAGAGCCCGAGGAGACGCCGCCCAGCGCCGAUCCCUUCCUGGAGACGCUCACGCGCCUGGUGCGCGCGCUGCGGGGACCCGCGUCCCGAGCCUCGCCGCCGCGUCUGGCCCUGGACCCGGGUGCGCUGGCCGGUUUCCCGCAGGGCCAGGUCAACCUGUCGGACCCCGCGGCACUAGAGCGCCUGCUCGACGGCGAGGAGCCGCUGCUGCUGCUGCUGCUGCCGCCCACGGCAGCCACCGCCGGGGUCCCCGCGCCACUGCAGGGUCCGGCGUCCGCGCUGUGGGCCGCGGGCCUAGCGCGCCGGGUGGCCGCCGAGCUUCAGGCGGCGGCCGCGGAACUGCGCGGCCUCCCCGGGCUGCCGCCCGCCGCCACCCCGCUGCUGGCACGCCUACUGGCGCUGUGCCCGGGGGACCCGGGCGGCCCCGGCGGCCCGCUGCGCGCGCUACUGCUGCUGAAAGCGCUGCAGGGCCUGCGCGCCGAGUGGCGCGGGCGGGAGCGGAGCGGGUCGGCACGGGCGCAGCGCAGCGCCGGCGCCGCGGCCACCGACGGUCCGUGCGGGCUGCGCGAGCUGAGCGUGGACCUCCGCGCCGAGCGCUCGGUGCUCAUCCCCGAGACGUACCAGGCCAACAACUGCCAGGGCGCGUGCGGCUGGCCGCAAUCGGACCGCAACCCGCGGUACGGCAACCACGUGGUGCUCCUGCUGAAGAUGCAAGCCCGCGGCGCCGCCCUGGAGCGCCCGCCCUGCUGCGUGCCCACGGCCUACGCCGGCAAGCUCCUCAUCAGCCUGUCCGAGGAGCGCAUCAGCGCGCACCACGUGCCCAACAUGGUGGCCACCGAGUGUGGCUGCCGGUGACCCCGCGCCGUGCCCCGGCCAGCCCAUAUUUAUUCGGACCCCUUCAUCGCCCCCAAU